UCCUCUCUCUCUCUCUCUACAUUCCAAAAAAUAUUUUUUGUUUCUCUCUCUAAAAGUCUCUGUAGCAGUUCUAUCGGUAGUGGUGGCGCUUAUUCCCUUCCAUGUGCAAGUUGGUAGAGCCCUCUUCUCUUUUCCUUUUCUCAUUUCUUCACUAUUGACUUUACAAGCCUCGAUAUUUCUCUCAAUCUUGCUUCUUAUCUACCAUUAAUUUAUUGGGUUAAGCUCAAAAUUAGUGAUAAAAAAGUGUUAGCUUUAUUGUGUAUCUGUUCUUUCUCAUCAACAGUUGAAGUGAAGAGCUUGUUUUGAGUACUGGGUUGGUGUGUUUUGGUUCUUUGGAUCCAAUUUUGAGAUUACUGUCAGAAUUAGCUGAGAUAUACAGAGGUCGAUAUUUUGUAGUCGGCCACGAAGUGGAUUAAUAUCAGAUGCAGAGGAUAGGAAGUACAUUAAUCUGUCGUUAAUAUUUUUAGCUUUGUUGAGGGCAGAGAUGGAAAAGGCAAUUGUCAAUGAAGAGAAAGAUGGCAAAAGGAAAGAAGACUUACUGAGCUUGAGCGAGGAUAUAGAAGUAGCGGGCAACAAUAAUCGGUCCAAAACCUUGGGAAAAAGUGUAAAGUCAGAAAAUGUGCUGAUGUUAAGUGUUAUGCAAUCAAAAACUAGUGAAAGUUGCAUUGAGGAUUCAUUCCCUCAGAAAAUUUUCAGCUUAGACAAUAGGAUUCCGAAGCAUAUUGUGAGUCUUGAUGAAAAAUUUCUAAGACGUUGCCUGGAAUUGAUAUAUAUCAGUGCAUCUAAAGCAACCUCAUUCAACAUAUCUGCAAGUUUAGGCUCCUCAAAGAAGGGUGAUUUGUUUAACAGUUGGAGUUCACCGAAAACUAGUAGACAUGCAUGUGAUUUGGGUAAGAUUAUUAUUCAGUGUCCAUUGGAAGCUGGGACCGGAAAUGCAGUCAUAAGCCCUGUGGGAGAUUGGUUUGUUGGUAAAAUCACCGGGAGCAAGAGUAUGAUGAACAUAUUGGAAAGCCCAUUAUUUCGUCAAUUUGGUGCCUUGGAUAGUGAUAUCAAAUUUGGAAGAGGAAAUUUAAUUGAUGUUAAGAAAGCAAUACAUUCUGAUUUUAUGAACUCUCCCUGUGGGUUGAAUAUGAGUUCAUCAAAGAAGCUAGAUAAGGAGACCGUCGAUCUAGGAAAUCAUAAACAUGGAUCCAAGCCUGUACAUAAGAGGUUUGUUUCUGUAUCAAGCAUGAAUUCUACCUGGUCAGACCAAUCUUCUUCAUCAGGGUCUCCUGCUACAAGUCAGGGAAUGCUCCAGUGCACAUGGAAGGAUGGGUUUCCUCACUAUGUUUUCUCUGUAGAUGAUCAGAGGGAGGUUUAUGUAGCCAACCUGUUCAAGGCAGCAUCACCAGAUGAUAAGGUUGUUGAUUAUAUAUAUACGUUUCACUCAAGAGCAGAUAAAAAGAAGGAACAUGGUGCUCGUGAGAAUGAGUCAGAUCUUGUUGGUAAGAUGAGAGUAUCUACUUCUUUUACACUCUGCCCAAACAAUUCAGAAAUGAUGGAAACUGAGUUUGUUUUGUAUGGUUCCAAUGACAACUGUUUGGAAGAGAUGCAAACUUCAUGUCAUAUCCUUAGGAAGAACAAAGGAUUCUCGAAGAAGAUGGGGGAAGUAUUCAAGACAAGGCACUCAACUAAGAAAAGAAGCUCCUCCAAAUUUGGAGGAACGAGUACUAUACUUGAAAAUUCUUCUAGGAAGCCAAGCCAAGAUUUGCAGAUCAAUUUUGAUACAGUCGGCACAUCCAAUCUUUCGGAAAUUCUUCCUCCACCAAAUCUUGAGUUGGCUGCCAUCGUUGUGAAAGACCAUAUUCGUGAAAAUCGCCAGAAGGCGGGUAGUGGAGGAUGGGGCCUCAAAUUUCUUAAGAAAGUUGGGAUUAGGCAAGCCAGUGCAUCUCUGGCAGCCUCGGUGCCGUCUGAAUGUUGUCUUCGAAACACUGGUGACUGCUCUACAAGUGUGGACAUUCUAGUCCCAGCAGGUUUUCAUGGUGGCCCAAGAACAAGAAAUGGUGGCCCUUCUGGUCUCAUUGAAAGAUGGAGAUCCGGUGGAUGCUGUGACUGUGGUGGCUGGGAUAUUGGAUGUCCACUCACAGUACUCCACACUAGGCCAAGUAAAAAUGAGGACGCACUCCCUGCAGAUAUGCAAGGGGAGUGCAAGUCAUUUGAUCUAUUCACAGAGGGUUCCGAUCAGGAUGUACCUACCAUGAAAAUAGUGAAUAUCCAUGACGACUUGCAUUUUGUUCACUUCCAACCAAUUCUGUCAACUCUGCAGUCUUAUUCAAUUGCUGUGGCAGUACUUCAUACUCAGACUCCCGCUCUCCGACCCAAACUGUACAAAAGUUGAUGUUGUAAGAACCAGGUAUAAGGUUUGUAGUUAUACUCUCUUAUUGUAUCGCAUUUAUGAGAAAAUCCUAAAAUGUUUACACAAAAAUUGAGAUAGUUGUUGUGUAUUGUGGCAAUUGGUUUCUGUAUUCGGUGGACUGUUCUCUUCUUUUGAGGUUAAGAGGUUAGUUGGUACCAUUUUUAACUAAACUGCUUAUCAUUUACCUCUUAGGCAGAAGAAAUCUUGUAAUUCACCUCUUUUUGUAUGAAUGUACAAGUUUUGUUAGGGUGAAUCUGAUACCGAAACUGAAUUGAUGGCAUUGGCAUAUUUAUAAAUUGUUUCUGCUAUAAUUUGUUUACAUAAA